AUGGCGGCAGAGGAGCUGGAGGAGGCGCUGCGGGAGCUGGUGGAGGAGGUCACGAGGGGCAUCGAGGGAUGCGCGGAGGAGGAGGAGGUGUUCGGGGGGCUGGGGAUCAUCGUACAGGACUCCAAGAUCACGCACAUCAUACCUGGAGGACCUGCGGACGUUGCGGGGCUGCGAAGAGGGGAGGUGAUAGUGGAGAUAGAUGGAGAGUCGAAGACCAUGAAGGAAAUCUUGGAAUGGGCGGCGAAUCGACAGUGGCAGGUGGAACAGGGGCAUGUUGACAUCACUGUAGAGAGCUCUGAAGGGACUGAGCGUCGAGUGCGAUGCUCCACAGCGUCCAGGGCACCGGCGGGCAACUUCAGCAUGAGCGAGUGCUUCCAGACGCUGUCGACCAUGAGGAGGAAGAUCAUGAGCGACAACCGCGUCGCUUACCUCAAGGAGAUCGCCGACCUCUCGAACAAGCUCGAGAAGCUGCUGGAAGUCUGGAACGGCAGGGAGAGGGAGAGGAAGCAGAGGUUGCAGCACAUACAGGAUGAGGUUGAGAGCAAGGUGCAGACCUUCAACAAGCUCCUGCUGGCGAGCAGGAACGCUCAAAGAACACCGACGGCGAGUAGGGAGAGGAACAGAGAGAAGAAGGAGGCCUGUGUUGUUACGGCGCACGUUCAUGUCAGAAUGAGCAGAGCUGAUGAGGAGCUGCAAAAUUCCUGGCAGGAGGAAGUGAAGAGAAUUUAUCGUAAUGAUGAUCAAGAUGUAGAGAUUGAGCGGAUUACGGCGAAUCAGCUUCUGCUCAAGGUGAGAUUGAACACGAAGAUUGGGGAGACUGUCGAGGACGUCAUGUGUAUGGGAGAUGAUAUUGCGACAAGGGUGACCUCCAUGUCGGACGAGUCGCAGCAAGUGUCGGUUAUGCACUCGUGGGUGAAACUUGAGAGGAAGGGUGUGAGCUUGCGGAAGGAGGAGGGAGGGGCGGAGGGCAAGGGAGGAUGUGGAGACAGCAUGUCAAGACAGCGGGAGGUCGAUGCUCGAAAAGAGCAGGUUGUCAUAGAGGUGAAGAAUGUCUUGUCAGCUGCCGCGGGGGUUCUGGAUGAAACCAUGGGCCUCAUGUCAGGCCUGCGGGUGAAGCAGGAGGAGGAACUGAAACGUGUCAAGGAUGUCGAGGAGGCAUCAGAUGCCGACGAGUUCGCAAGCUUGACGAGCUCGAGAGAUGAGGAGGAAGGUGGCGAUGAACCGAUCAUGAAUGGAGCGAGCAACGAGGAGGAGGAGGGGGAGGAGGGGGAGGAGGAGGGCGGAGAGACGGGGGGAGGAAGAGGCGGGUUGAACAAUCGGACACGCACGCAGGCUGUCGAUGUGGAGAAGUUACGAUGUGAGUUGAAGGAGAUGCAAACGGAAGUUGAGAUCGCACAGCAGAACGUGAACCAACUGAAAACAAGCAUGGAGCUUGAAAGGGACCGACAAGAACAGGAGAGGAAGGAGAAGGAGGAGGAGGAGGAGGAGGAGGAGGAGGAGGAGGAGGAGGAGGAGGAGGAGGAGCUGCCACAGUCGGAGGACAACAAGGAGGUGGAGGAGCUGCAAGCUUUCACCUCUCAGUUGACCCUUGCACAAGAACAAGCUGCAGGCCUUGAGGCAGCGGGGAAAGAAAUUUCUCUCCUGCUAGACAAUCUACUCGCAGAGAACAAGAGAAGAAGAGAGGAAAGGGGGAGGAUGGCGGAGGAGUUGAGUGAGACUGGCCGCUCCCUGCAGGAGGAGAAGAAGAAUAGAAGGUAUCUUGAGAAGAGUUACCAGGUUCAGCUGCGAGAGCUGGAGGAGACGAUUCGUGUCCUGUCUGAGGAGAACAAGAGCCUUCAGCGUGAGCUCUCCAUAGAGAAGCAAGUCUGUACAGAACAGACGAAGUUCUACACAGACAACAUUGAGGAGCUUUCUAGAAACCUCAUCGAACUGCAAAGAGAACUCAAUCAACACCGUGAGAGGCUCAAGUUCCUGGAUGCUCCUCCUCCUCCUUCUCUUCCUCCUCCUCCUGCCGUUCCUGCUGCUCUCUCCUUCGACGAGAUGUCCUUCAACGUGGACAGGGAGCUGCGGGAGCUCCUUGCCGCUGCUCAGAGGGACGCGGAGGAGGCGCACAAGGAGGGAGGGGAUGCGCUGAAGCAGGCGGCGAUGCUGCGGCAGGAGGCGCUCGAGGCAGAGAGGAGGGCGAGGAUGGCGGACAUUGCGAGGAUGGAGGCGAAGGUGUGUGCGGAGGAGGCGACGAUGAAGUUGCAGCAGCUGCAAGGGAAGCUGGAGAGGAUGGAGAAGGAGAAGGGAAGGCAGCGGGAGAUUCUGGAGCUGGAGAGUUUGCGGUCAAGCUGGAAGUGGAGACAGGUGGAGGAGGUGAGGGAAGAGGUGGAGGAGCUGGUAAGGGCGAUGAAGGAGGUCGUGGGGGAAUUGAACGAGACGAUGGCGGCGAUGAAGAACAGAGAAGUUGAAGAGGAGGAGGAAAUGAGCAGCCGAAGGCAGGAGGAUAGGGAAGCUGCUGCUCGGUCGGUGAAGGAGCAAGCGGAGAGGGCGAGGGAGGAGGAGAGGCUGAGGGAGAGGAUAGCGCUUCUGGAGCAGGAGAGGAGGAGGGAGAGGGAGGAGAUGCAGAGCCUGGCAGUAGCGAACGUGUCCUACCGCUCGAGCAUGGAGAGGAUGAUUGGAGAGGUGGAGAGGGAGAGGCAGGAGGUAGAGGCCCUGCGGGUGCUGGUGGAGAGGAUGAAGGAGGAGGAGGCGAAACUUCGGAUGGAGCGAGAGGUCAGCCAGCGCUCGUCGGAGGACAGGGAGAGGUGGCUGAAGGACCUUCAGCUGGAAGUCUGCAGGAGGAGGAUGGAAGGCUCGGAGUUCCUCUCAAAGUCGAUCGACAUGCAGUUCCUGCUGUUCCGCUGCUACGAGACCACCGGAGCCAUUGACGAGCUGCUCAGAUUCCUGCUGGAGGCCAGCAAGGCGGGGGAGGAGGAGAGGAGGAGGGCCGAGGAUGAGCUGGCGCGCGGGAGGCAGUCUAUCCGACAGCUGCAGGUCGAGCUCCAGAAGAAAAAGUCCGAGCUGGAGGCCCAGCAGAGCCUCUGCUCUCAGCUGGAGGAGGAGAACAAGGAGCUGGUGGAGGCUGGCGCGAGGAUGGAGAAGGAGGCGAUGAGCGAGAGGGAGAGAAGGUGGAAGAAGAGCGAGCUCGAGAGCCGCAAGAAGGUCGUGGGCGAGCUGGAGGAGAGGCUGCGGGAGAUGGAGGAGAUGAACGAGACUCUGUCAUCCGACUUGUCUUCUUGCCGGCAUGAGCUCGGGGCAGCUCGGAGGGCGGAGGAGAAGCUUGUGAAGGAGCUGAAGCUUGUGAAGAGUGCAGCUGAAGAGGAGAGGGAGGAACUCGCCGCUGCCAACGCGCAGCUGGCGGACAAACUGUCAGAGUCCAACAAGUCGCUGAGGAGGCUGAGAGCACAAGAGGCGACGAGGAGGAGGGAGAGCGAGCGGAGGAAGAUCUCUAUAAUGGUGAGGACGCAGGGGCUGGAGAAGAAGAUGGUGGAAGACCUCCUCCUCCUCUCCCAGCAGCACCAGCAGGGGUUGGUGAGUGCUCGAGAGGUCGAGGAGGCAGCUGAGAGGAUGCACACGCUGCUAGAGGAGCUGAAGACGACGAGGGAGAGGAGGGAGACUGCAGCAGCUCGAGCGCAGGAGGAUGCGAGGAGGAGCAAGUUCAGACAGGACAAGGAGGACGUUGGGAGAGAGGAGGAGGCGUUCAAUGGGGAGGGGUCAGGAAGCAAGUCAGAAGAGAGUCUGCUGGAGCAGGAGAGGGAGGAGCGAGAGACGGCAGUAGAGGAGGAGCGAGAGACGGCAGUACAGGAGGAGGAGCGGGAGACGGCAGUAGAGGAGGGAACAGACUUGCGGGCAAACGUUCUCGACCCAUGGGCGGGAAGGAGGAGGAGCGAGGACGCGACGUACGUGUCAGCCUCAGACGAGACCGUGGACUCAACGGUUUUCAAGGCCUGCAACAGUCGAGCUAAAGUCUCUGCUCCUGGGCAGGAGGGUGAGACUGAGUGCGAGAGUGCGGAGGCAGCAGCGAAGGAGGAGGAGGAGGAGGAGAGCGAAGGAGCGGAGGGCAAGAAGGAAUCGGAGGAGGAGGACAAGCACGAGUAUGUGCGAGAAGGAGGAGGGGGAAAUGAAGUGAAGGAGGAGGAGGAGGGGGAGGAGGGGGAAGGAAGGAAGAGAGAAGUCGAGAACGCAAGGCUGAAAGAGGCCAAUGGAACGUUGAUCUCGGGGCAGAAGCAGCUGCUGGGACUGCUGCAGGAGAAGGACUUGAGUAUCAACUCCCUCCUCCUCCUCCUCCAGAGCCGCGGGCAGGAGCUGCAGGAGCUUCAGAGCACCAACGAGCGGCUAAGGGAGCAGCUUGACGUGCUGGAGGCGCAGAGGAGGCAGCUGAGAAACUCGCUGAUGCUGCGACAGGGGGCGACGAUCGAGUCGCUGGUGCCCAACGUGACGUUCGAAGGGAUUUCUCAGCUCCCCAGCUCACCCUCAGCUCAGCCGAGGGUUCUGAUCCAGCAGAACAAGGAUGGGGGCUGGAGGAUGUUUGAAAAUGGACGGCGGAAUUUCGAAUUUGGGGCGGGAAUUUUGAGUGAGGUUUCAUAUGUUUCAAACGAGCAGAAAGGAGAGAUGGGGCCUCCUUGCUUUCCUUUACCUCCAAAGGACGAGGACGAGGACGAGGACGAGGACGAGGAACUGGAGGUCAAGGAGAAGGAGGAGGAGAAGGAGGAGGACGAGGAGGAGUUCGUAGUGCAGAAAGAGUUGGAGCGAGUGGAGGAAGGAGAGAAUGCGGAAGAGGCGAAAAAAGAACUGAAAGUGCAAGAAUGGAAAGGGAAAGACAAUGAUGAAGUCGAAAAACAAGUAAAAGAAGAAGAAGGGCGAGAAGAAAAAUCAAAUCAUGAAUGGAAAGGUGUUCAGGUUCACAGACUCAACAGACAACCAUCAUCAGAUCAAGAAGAGCAAGAGGAAGAAACGAUCAAUGGACAGCAAACACCACAAGAUGGGAAAGACACGAGUUACCAUGAAUUUGUCACAACGCAGGAGCAACUACAAAAGGCCAAUACACAGGAACAGGAAGGUAAACUUAACAUGGACCCUAAGAAGCAAACGAGGGCGAUGCUCGAGGAGAGGCUCGAGGCUGUCCAGCGAGACAAGGCAGAGGCCGAGGGCAGGGCAGCCGAGCUCGAGCUCCAGGCUCGCAGCGCUCUCGAUGCAAGGCAGCUCGCCGAGGACCAGGCCGCGCGGGAGGAGGAGGCCAGGCGGCAGGCCGAGCAGACCCUCGAGACGCUCGAGCAGCAGCGCAGGCAGGCGGAGGAAGGCAGGAGGCGGGCGGAGGAGGCGUACGCGUCGCUGGUAGCGCUGAAGCGAAGCCAGGACGAGGAGCUGGUCGGGCUGCACGAGGCAGAGAGGGAGGCAGAGGCGGCGAGGGAGGCGGCGAGGAGGACGCAGACAGAGAGAGAGGAGGAGAGGAGGAGGCUCGAGGAGAGGCUCGAGGAGAGGCUCGAGGCUGUCCAGCGAGACAAGGCAGAGGCCGAGGGCAGGGCAGCCGAGCUCGAGCUCCAGGCUCGCAGCGCUCUCGAUGCAAGGCAGCUCGCCGAGGACCAGGCUGCGCGGGAGGAGGAGGCCAGGCGGCAGGCCGAGCAGACCCUCGAGACGCUCGAGCAGCAGCGCAGGCAGGCGGAGGAAGGCAGGAGGCGGGCGGAGGAGGCGUACGCGUCGCUGGUAGCGCUGAAGCGAAGCCAGGACGAGGAGCUGGUCGGGCUGCACGAGGCAGAGAGGGAGGCAGAGGCGGCGAGGGAGGCGGCGAGGAGGACGCAGACAGAGAGAGAGGAGGAGAGGAGGAGGCUCGAGGAGAGGCUCGAGGCUGUUGAGGGCAGCAAGAAGGCCCUUGAGCGAUUGAUUCAUGAGGCAGAGAAGGAUGCGGGGGAAGCAAGAGAAACGUGCAGGAAGAUCGGACAGGAAGGGGAGAAGAAGAGGAGGAUGCUGGAGGGAAGGCUCAAGGCUGCAGAGCUCAUGGGGGGGGAGGUGGAGGCUCUUACUGCUCAACUUGAAGCUCAGCUGACGGAGGCUGAAAGUUUGUGUGACGCCUGUCGUGCCCUGUCGAUGCAGCAGUCGCGGCAGGUUGAGGAGGCAGAGGCGGCGAGGAAGAAGUUGGCAGCGGAGAGAGACGCGCUGGCUCGUCGGUGCGAAGAAAGUCUUGCUGGCCUCCAGCUGUUCGAGGAGGAGGCGCAUCGCGGGUACGGGCUGCUGCAGGAGCGGCACAAGCAGAACACCGAGCUGAAGGCACAGCUGGAAGAGCAGCAGAAGAUGCUGAUGGGAGCUGAGAACGAGCAAGAGAAGGAGAGAGAGGAGAAGGAGAGGAUGGCGAAGUUGGCAGAAGAAGCGAACGAACGAGCAAGAGAGAACAGCGAAGAAGUCAUGGCGACUAGACGACAACUGAGAGAUGAAAUCAACGAGGAGAGAAAAAAAGCAAACAACGCAAACGAGGAGAAGAAGGAGGUGGAAGAAAGGCUCUACCAGACUCAAUCCUUGUGGAACGAGCAGCAGCAAAUACACAAAACAGAGGCCGAAUCCAUCAAAAAGCUGCAGCAGCUCAUGACCGAGCUCGAAAACGAAAAACUGAAGGCAAUUGAGACAGCAAACCGGGAGGAGGAGGCCAGGCGGCAGGCCGAGCAGACCCUCGAGACGCUCGAGCAGCAGCGCAGGCAGGCGGAGGAAGGCAGGAGGCAGGCGGAGGAGGCGUACGCGUCGCUGGUAGCGCUGAAGCGAAGCCAGGACGAGGAGCUGGUCGGGCUGCACGAGGCAGAGAGGGAGGCAGAGGCGGCGAGGGAGGCGGCGAGGAGGACGCAGACAGAGAGAGAGGAGGAGAGGAGGAGGCUCGAGGAGAGGCUCGAGGCUGUCCAGCGAGACAAGGCAGAGGCCGAGGGCAGGGCAGCCGAGCUCGAGCUUAAGUUGAUUGAGGCUCAGGAGGGGAUGGAGAGAAGAGACGGUGACAUCAGAGCAGCAGAGGAGGCGGCUGAAGCAGCAGAGAACAGACGAGAGGAAGAGGAGGAAGGCAGGAGGCGUGCAGAGCAGGCAAAACAAGUAGCAGAGGAACGCAUGGAGAUGUUGGAGAAGCUCAAGGAGGAAGCUUUCAAGGCACGAGACGAGGCUCUGAAAGCUCUCCAGCUCUUGGAGGCGGUGAAAGAAGAGGCAGAUAGGAGGAGGGAGGAGGCUGAGCAGGAGAGGGACGAAGCAAGUUCUGAAACAGCCAUCUUCUCGGGGCUGAGGAGCGAGCUUGAGAGAAUCUUGUUGGAGCCUCUAGAGGAGCUCAGGUUUGACGCGGUCUUCCUCUCCUGCUUCCCUUCCCUCCGCUUCUCUGAGCUAGAGACCCUCUUCUUCCUCCUCUUCCACAGCUUCAAGAACGAGAUGUUCUCCGCUAUGAGUCAGUGGAGUAAACGAGUGGAGGAGGUGCAAGCAGACACGUCGGAGCUCGAGGCUGAUCUUCGGGCAUACGUGGAAGCAUCGAACAAGGCCGUAUCAUCACAGGCUCUCUCCUUCAAGCAGAGGUACCUCAAGGUGAAGCAGAAGCUUCAGCGGCAGGACGUGUACACGCGAGUGCUGGAAGACAAGUACAAGAAGCUCGAGGAGUCGCAGCGCGUCCUGACCUCGACCCUCUCUCACAUCAGCGACGCCGAGCACUACCUCUCCCUCGACGCCGCCAUGCAGCCCAACACCGCUGAAGGCGACGAGGACAGUCUGCCUGCUCCUCCUCCUGUCGGGGUUGGGUUGAGCAUGGUGUACGAGCCGCAGGACUCGCAUCCAAGAGUGGAAGGCUUCAUCCCUGACAGCCCCGCCCUCCUUGACGGCAGGAUCAACAUCGGCGACCUCCUCCUCUCCAUCGACCCCACGGGCUCCGGUCGCCAUCACGUGCCCACAUCGAGGAUGGCGCUGGAGGAGGUGAGCAAGCUCGUGCUGGGUGAGCGAGGGUCCAAGGUGGAGCUCAAGUUCCUGCGACGCCCCCAGCAGGGGGGGCAGGAGGAGGAGGAGGAGGAGGAGGAGGAGGAGGAGGAGGAGCGAGAGGAGGGGCAGAGUUUCGUGGUGAAGCUGAAGCGGGGAAUGUGUCACGCCACGGAGAAGGAGAUCUUUCACCUGCGUGGUCACAACCUCGAGCUGAGAGAGGAGCUGGAAGUGCAGCUGGGGAUGGCGAACGGGUUGCAGCUCGAGAUCAACAGCCUGAGGAAGGAGAUCGAGCGAGGGCGGGCGAGCAUGCGGACGAUGACGUCGCUGCUGCAAGAGAACGUGCGGGAGAUUUCAGACGCCCUCAACCUCCUCGACAUCGUCCAGACCGAACUCCCGACCUUGUUCGAGCGACGGUCAGGUGUCUCCAAGGAGGAGAAGACUGGCGCCUCCUGGCAGAAGAAGGUGACGCAGUGGCAGAAGAACCAGGUCAUGCUCGUCCCAUCGCGAGCAGGAGGAGCAGAGGGAGGGGAGGGUGAGAGGAGGAGUACCAACGAGGAGCUGAGACGCAAGAUCCUGGAGGCGGCGAGGGUGGAGGGCCUGAAGUCUCUUGGAGUGAGUCGAGGAAGCGAGUUCAAGAUUUCCUCGACAGAUAUCAAGUGA